AUUUCAGGUGUUCCUGAAAAGCCUCAAAUUAGUGGAUUUUCAUCACCAGUUAUGGAGGGAGACUUGAUGCAGCUGACUUGUAAAACAUCUGGUAGUAAACCUGCAGCUGAUAUAAGAUGGUUCAAAAAUGACAAAGAGAUUAAAGAUGUGAAAUACUUGAAAGAAGAAGAUGCAAAUCGCAAGACUUUCACUGUCAGCAGCACACUGGACUUCCGAGUGGACAGGAGCGACGACGGAGUGGCGGUCAUCUGCAGGGUGGACCACGAAUCCCUCAAUGCCACCCCCCAGGUGGCCAUGCAGGUGCUAGAGAUACACUAUACACCAUCAGUUAAGAUUAUACCAUCCACCCCUUUUCCACAAGAAGGACAGCCUUUAAUUUUGACUUGUGAAUCCAAAGGAAAACCACUGCCAGAACCUGUUUUGUGGACAAAGGAUGGUGGAGAAUUACCAGAUCCUGACCGAAUGGUUGUGAGUGGUAGGGAGCUAAACAUUCUUUUCCUGAACAAAACGGAUAAUGGUACAUAUCGAUGCGAAGCCACAAACACCAUCGGCCAAAGCAGUGCGGAGUAUGUCCUCAUCGUACACGAUGUUCCCAACACUUUGCUUCCCACUACUAUCAUCCCCUCCCUUACCACUGCAACAGUCACAACCACUGUAGCCAUAACAACCAGCCCAACCACAUCUGCAACAACCAACAGCAUGAGAGACCCCAACGCUCUGGCUGGCCAGGCUGGCCCUGAUCACGCUCUUAUAGGAGGAAUAGUGGCUGUAGUUGUAUUUGUCACGCUGUGCUCUAUAUUUCUGCUUGGUCGAUAUCUGGCAAGACAUAAAGGAACAUAUUUAACAAAUGAAGCUAAAGGAGCUGAAGAUGCACCGGAUGCUGACACAGCCAUUAUCAAUGCUGAAGGCAGCCAAGUCAAUGCUGAAGAGAAAAAAGAGUAUUUCAUUUAAAACGCAGGCCAAGAUUCUGAGUUUUGCUCACCAGGCUGGCUGCUGGAGAAAACUGGCUGUCAUCUUUCAGAAUUCAUUUCUACCAUCCUCUGCUACCUUUAUUAACUUCCAUACCGUACUGCUAUCAGUAGCCAGUGUAUACCAGCAACCAGCUGUCGAAAGCAUCAUUCUUUAAUUACUGUACCAUCCAUAAUGCAGGACAUUUCUUACUGCCUAAAUUCCACACCAUUGCUCUUUUAACAUACAGUGCUUGAAUAUACAGCCUUAACAAUGUUAAUCAUCUCCUUGGAUCAUGGUAUUGAAUUGUUUUUAUACAUUGAAAAAAUGUAUGCAGAGUUGGUUUUCCCCCCUCAUUUUUCACCCCCUUUAAAUCAUGGACUUAGUUUGCCAUUGGACAGCUUUCACAAGAGACAGGAUUAGGUAAAGAGCUAAUGUGCUUAAGUUUAAUGAGACAUUAGAGGUUUACAGACAAUAUUUUCUACAUGUCUCUCUUCAAAGACAUGUUCGGAAACAUAUGCCCUAGAAAACACAAACUGAAAACUGUAGUAUAGAUUCUGGACUGUUUGUGAUAUACUGGUAAAGCUGUAUCAAUUUGCUAUUUAAAAAUACAGUAUUUGAUACAGGAGCCAUGUCUAUGAAUUGUAAUCAUGUCAUAGUAUCUUAUAUAAUUAUACAGCUCUCACCAUUAGGUUAUUUUAGCUUCAUUUACCAAUAAACCGUUACAAACAUUUUACUGCUUCGGGAAUCACAAAAAUUUCAUUCAUUUAUCUGAUUUGAUUCUGUAAUUUAUUUGCUCCAUAACGACUCACCUUCCUAAGCAAAAUCGAAGUAUCCAUAGGGCACAAUUUUGAAACAUUUUAGUAUCUGUAUAUAGUGCAUAUAAUAAAUCCAAUUAAACAUUAUUUGAUACAUAUUUAACUUUUUUGGCUGUAGGUAAUUCAAUCAUAAGUAAGCAUUUUCUAAUGUCCAUUAUAUCCCUUUAGAUAUUACUUAAACCAAUAUUAUAAGUAGAUAACAUGUAUUAGUAUUUUGUCUGUAUGUCCUAGCACUGUUCAACAACAAAUUUUUCUAGUUCCUGUUAAUUUUUAUUUGUUAUACAAUGGAAGCACAAUGUUAUAAGGAAAGGUAAUUUUAAGCUAACAACCAGUGCACAGCCUCAGGUUUUAAAUUACAACCACAAUAGUAUAAUAACCUAAAAAUAAACUCUUAGUUUGCUAAAAAUUUACAAAUUUUAAUUUGGCAGUUCCAGAGCUGCUUACCUAUGUUGGUUUGCCAAAAAGAAGUGUUUAAGAUAUGUUUUCUGUAUAAAUGAACUAAUUCUUUAUAUUAAAUUCCUGUCUAUGCAUUUUGUGAGGUACAAACUUAUGAAACAGUGAGUGAUAGAGAAUUUCUGCCAUGCUUUUACCCCCAAGGUGAAAGUCUCUUUCUCUGGAUUAUUUCUGAAAUUUUGGUGUACUUAAACCAUUAAGAAAUGCUGUAUUCUUAAAUAUGACAGAGUCCAUCUAAAGUCAUAUUAUUUCUUCUAGUAAAAUACAAUGUUGUUAGAUUAGUUCUCAUUACACUUAUUAUAUGCUAAAGAUUUAAAAAUCCAGUUAGAUAAAAAUUAUUUUCCCAUUCACAAGCAUUGCACCUUUAAGAAGAAAACAAAUAUGACGAUAUGGUAGCUAUACUUGUGAUGUCAAAGCAUGAUGGCCUAUGGUUUUGAAGAUAAUUUCUCGGAAUUUAUUUUGGGGAAGUGAGAAUGUUUGAGUACGACAUCAUGUGUUCAUAGCCGAUGAAAGACAGGGGUGCUGUAUCUUAGAUUAUUUAUCAUAAAAGUUUAAAUCUUU